AAGAUGGCAGCUCCCCGGCAGGUAUAGCUAGCAGAGGGCACCUACAUUAAUUCGUCGUUUCAUUAAUUUUGGGAUAUAACAUGACGUCACAUUUGUGCUCCGUAUGAUAUUGGGGUCCCCGACAAGCCAGUGACUAUUAACCGCCGUGACUAUUAACGGAAUCAUGAGGUAAAUUAACUCCUUGUAAUCAGCCCGUUAGCGCAGUCAUCAUUUUACUGAAGUAUCCUGCGCAAUGAACUGGCUACAGGAUUCUCCAAUAACGUGGCCGUGAUUCUCCACAUUAAACGGUAGGCGAUGGAACGCGGUCCGCAGCAGCAGCCGUGUCCGUGAUGCAGCAGCACCACCGGUCCCACACCCACCCGCAAAACCACAAUCAAUGAUACUCCGACUGGGAUUGGCGCAGCCAGCAGUCACUCUCGCCGACGCUGCCCUCUGAUAGGACAGAGGCUGCUACUGCUCCCGCCCUCAGAGUGAGAGCUCGGGGCUGCAGGCGCUGGAUGCUGCAGAGCGCACAGGGGAGCGGGAGGAUCGGCUGUCAGAGUCCCGGUUCCCGGCUGCCAGCAGCACCUAGCCGUCCCGGCCAUUGCACCAAGCUCCGCUUGUCUCCUUUUCACAAGCCGGGAACUGAUUUUUAAUGCGCACGACUGACAUUCUGUAGCUCUGGAUCCCGUCUAACGGAGUAGGCAUCCUCCAUCAUAGACUAGACGCCCACCGUGAUUGCACUGCACGGAUCGGCACCAGGCUGCGGCUAUUAGCACAGUGCAAAGUGUAACUGGAUUUCACCCUUGACCUGUCUCAAUCACCGCUUCUCUCAGUGCCAAUCCACCCCCAGGUGCCAGCAGGGAGUAUUGAACAUGGGCACGGUACUGUCCUUGUCUCCAGCUCCCGGAAAGGCUGGACCCUUGGAUGACAAGAAGCCAGAGCCCCCAGGAAUAGGUGGUGGUUACCUGGCAAUUCCCAAUAGCAAGAAUGGGGGCAGUAAACCAGAAAAGAGCUUAAAGAGACAUUCUGUGUUGAUCUCAGCGCUCACUUGGAAAAGGCUGGUGGCAGUCUCUGCUAAGAAAAAGAGUGCCAAGAAAAUAAAUCCAAAUCCUGGACCCAUUAAUGGCCCGCUACUUCCAAAUAAUAACCCGGUGGAGAAGCUCAAUCAUGAGAACCUGCGCAAAUCCCAGGUCAGCCCUGGUCGCAGGGAACCUAAACCUGUGCCAGUGCCCACUGUGCCCCCAGGUUCCAUUGAGGGGCAGAAGAUCCAGCAGCAGCAGCUGGUGGCCGUGCAGAAACAGGCAAGUGGCCGCUCCCUUUGCUCGCCACGUCGGGUUAUAGUUCAGGCAUCCACGGGUGAACUCCUUCGAUGCCUGGGCGAGUUUGUUUGCCGCCGGUGCUAUAAACUGAAAGAGCUAAGCCCUGGGGAACCCACUAUGUGGUUCCGUAACGUUGAUCGCUCAUUGCUUCUGCAAGGCUGGCAAGACCAAGGCUUCAUCACACCUGCUAACCUGGUGUUUGUGUACCUGCUCUGCAGAGAGGCCAUUGGAGAUGAACUGGCCAGUGAGUAUGAUCUACAAGCUGCCUUCCUCACCUGCCUCUACUUGGCUUAUUCGUAUAUGGGCAAUGAGAUAUCCUAUCCACUAAAGCCAUUCCUUGUGGAGACUGAUAAAGAGGUCUUCUGGCAGCGCUGCCUGAGCAUUAUUGACCGGAUGAGUGCCAAAAUGCUGCAGAUCAAUUCUGACCCCCACUAUUUCACACAGGUCUUCCAGGACCUGAAGAAUGAAGGCGAGACCAAGGAAUCCAAUGGCCACUGGACUAUAAAUUUGGACCGUUAAGGAAGUAUGGGCAGUGGGUAGGCUUGGGUGAGGACUCUUCUAGGUAUAACCAACAAAUGUCAUGAUCAACUUGAAAACUGGCUCCUAAGUCCAGUUCACAAGGCUGCUGAUAAGAAAACAAACUAAAUUACUUGGAUUCAUUGCUGUUAAGCACGGAUUGUUAUGGAACAUUGCACCAUUCAUCUAUUUAGUGUUGGAAAGGUUUGGAACAUGUUGCAGGGUACUGGUAAUUGGAGGGUUAAAUGAAACACUUUACUGGUGUAAAGACACAACGUCACAUUAUUUAUUUAUUUAUUUUUAGUUUGCUCAUAUGAGACCCACAUACCGCACUUGAACUUCACUCUCCAGAUCCAUAAGUCACAUCUCCAAGAGUUAAAGGCUUAGCAGACCCUGAUUUGGUCUAAUUCCUGGUGUAUUUCUGAUAGCAGGUUCCUGGAAAUAAUAACUCCCAGGUGGUGGUAAUAUUUCUUGUUGAUUUAUUCUCCCAAGUCACUCUGAGAAGGAAGGCACUUAAUUAUUGAAACAUGUUUUAUUACCUGAAGACCCUUAAUUUAAUAGCAUUGAAGUUCUGUAUGUUACCUUUGUAUAAGAUCCUUUUCCUUUUUUAUUAAGUUAAAAUGAGAACCAUUUAUGACCAUGAUACAUGUGAUGAUUUGCAUAUAAAACUACUUCGAAACGCAACACAAGGGGAGAAAAUCAUCUUUUCUGAUGCGAAUUGCAGUGAUUUUCUGCAUUUCUAGUAGACAUUUGCGGCUCUAAUCAUUUGUUGGAUUUUAUUUUUAAGCCGCUCUGAUGGGUAAUUUACAACACCCCUAUUCCUGUAGCUGGGAUUUGCUUGAUUUAAAUGUCAUGGUGACACUCUUUCCAUUAGCAUAAUAUUUUUCUGUUGCAGGAUAACUAAACGGAUGAUUGGGUGUUGGACCCAUGACUGAACAUUGCAUAUUUCAGAUUAGCAAGCACCUCAUAGUAUGUAUGAAUGUAACAAGUACUGCUGGAACACACAAAAUGCCGCAAUAUGUUUGACAAUGAAGCUGUUCAAUGUGCCAACGGUGUUCAAAUGUACAAAAACGUAUUGUUUUAUAUUGUAUAUUUAAAGAAAACAUAAAAGUGAUUGGAUCUCUUUGA